AUGGGCGCCUUCUCUAAGAUUAUUGCGCUGGGCGCCUUUUCUACCCUGGCUGCCGCUUGGUUGCCUAAAACCAACAAGGAAAUCACAGCCAGCGAUGGUACGAACCUUUUCACGACAUCCAACGGCAAAAUUCGUGGUGUCAACUUGGGAUCCCAAUUCGUUUUCGAGCCAUGGAUUGGCGAGAGCGCUUGGAGUGACAUGGGCUGUGGUGGUCAAGCAUCGGAAUUUGACUGCGUGAGCUCCCUCGGCCAGGACGCUGCCAAUAGCGCUUUCCAGAAGCACUGGGGCAGCUGGAUCACUCAAGACGAUAUCACCGAGAUGGUCAGUUAUGGUCUGAACACCAUCCGUGUGCCAGUCGGGUACUGGCUUCGCGAAGACUUGGUCUACGCGGAUAGCGAGCACUUCCCUCAAGGUGGUCUGGACUACGUCAAGAAGCUUUGUGGCUGGGCUAGUGAUGCUGGCAUGUACAUUAUCAUGGAUCUGCAUGGUGCCCCUGGUGCUCAAAUUGCUGAGAAUGCUUUUACGGGUCAGAUGGCCCCGGAGGCUGGAUUCUAUGUUGACUACCAGUACGAGCGUGCUCUGAAGUUCCUCGAGUGGAUGACCGGUCUUAUUCAUACUGUCAACGAGUUCCGGAACGUUGGCAUGCUCGAGGUUGUCAAUGAGCCUGUUCGGGAUAAUGACAAGGCCACCUCUAUGCGUCAGAACUACUACCCGAAGGCUUUUGAACGCAUCCGUGCCAACGAGACCAGCGCCGGCAUUGACAAAAACGACUAUCUCCAUAUCCAGAUGAUGGACGAGCUUUGGGGCUCUGGAGACCCAAAUCAAUACCUCGAUGACCUUUAUUAUGCCGCCUAUGACGACCACCGGUACCUCAAAUGGGACACCAGCGUCAACGUCUCUCGCGAUAGCUAUAUAAACGAAUCUUGCAACGAUAAUCGUGACAGCAAUACCCCGACCAUCGUCGGUGAAUGGAGCUUAUCUGUCCCUGAUGAUGUGCAGUCGACAUCUGAUUGGGACCCUAGCUCGAACACGGACUUUUAUACGAAGUGGUUUGCUGCCCAGGUGCAUUCUUAUGAAAAGCAGCAAGGUUGGGUGUUUUGGACUUGGAAGGCUCAGCUGAAUGAUUACCGCUGGUCUUAUCAAGAUGCUGUCAAGAGCGGUGUUAUCCCCAAGGACCUCAACUUGCUGGAGAGUGUCUGCUAA